AGAGCCCCCGCCCCCGCACUCCCGGACUGCCCGGGCCGCUGAGCGGGCAGUGGCCAACCGAGAAGAGUCGAUCGCCCCCGGGAGCGCAGCCAGCCCCGACGCUUGACCCUCGCCCCGGAGUGCCCGGGCCGGGCAGCCCCUUCUUCGGCGGGAGAAGCCCGAGCUGUUAGUGCCUGCGGCGCCGGGUUGCUUCCUUGCCGGCCCGCCCGUCCCGUAAGAAAGCGGCGAGGGAGGCCCGGCCAUGGAGACCCUCGUCCGCCCCGGGGCCAGCAAGCCUCCCAGCGGGAAAAGAAUGAAAGCUCGCGCUCCUCCUCCACCAAAUCAACCUUCUGCAGCAAGUAGAAUUCACAGCGAGCUAAAGUCACCUGCAGAGACAGCUGUAAUUUCUGAUCAGAACCUUGUGAGCAUGAAGGAGAACAUGAUAAACCGAUCUGUGAACCUCACAGUCAUUUUACCCAACGGGGUGGAGCAGAAGAGCACAGUACAAGGAAGUAAAGCUGUGAUGGAUCUAUUGGUUGAUUUAUGCAGCCAGUAUCGCUUAAAUCCAUCCCAACAUAGUCUUGAACUGAAGUCUUCAGGAACUCAACAACCUCUGAGUUAUAAGCCAAACACUUUGAUAGGAGCACUGGAUGUACAGACAGUACUUCUGAAAGAGAAGGUCCCCGAGGAGAAGACAAAGAGACCUCUACCAAGGGUCCCUGAGAAAUCAGUGAGGCUGGUAGUGAACUACUUGAAGACACAGAAGGCUGUGGUUCGAGUUAGUCCAGAGGUGCCCCUCCACAGCAUCAUCCCAGCUAUUUGCGAGAAGUGUGAAGUCAGCCAAGAGCACGUUGUUCUUCUGCGAGAUGGCAUCACUGGGGAGGAGCUGGAGCUUACCAAGUCCUUGGAGGAGCUGGGAAUAAAGGAAUUGUAUGCCUGGGACAGAAAAAGAGUUCCUCCAUCAAAAACUCAGUCUGAACCUUCUCUGAACUAUAGAGAACCAAGUCGAAAGGCUUCAAUAAGCAAUGAUGCAAUAGAAAAAGAAAAGACAAGACUUCUGGAAUUGUUUAAAGCUGAUACGAGAAACAGCAAGACAGAAGAAUAUUUGAUGGUGAGCAGAGAUUGUGGUGAGGAGGAUGUUUUUAGUUCUACAUCUACAAGUGAAGGAAGCUUGGAAGGUUUUUCCACAGCACCAAAUUCCCCUUUGGUGAAUUCUCGUUCCAGUAGCCUGGGUUCAUCACUGUCCCUUGGCAACAUCUCAGGAAUGACAGCAAAUCCAGAAGUGAAAAAGCGCAGAGCACCUCCUCCACCAGUUGUGACACCUGCACUGCAGAACUUGGAGGUGAUUGAGCAAGAAAAGACAGCAACGCAGAUUUCAAAAGGAGCAUCCCUGAACGAUUUACAGAAAAAGAAGAGGCGUGCCCCUCUCCCACCAACUGCAUCUGCUCCUCCGACUCCUGCCAUGCCAAACAGGACGGAAGAGAGGGAAGACAAGAGGAAGAGCACAAUGGGUGAUGGACGGCAGGUGCCACAAAAGCCUCCUAGAGGCAUCACUCGUGAUCCACCCCAGUUAGUGAUUCCCCCUCCCCCACCUUACCCUCCUCCUGACAGAGACCUUGUGGAUCCAACAGUCUCUUACAGAGAAGCAGAUGUUACAGCACCAACAGAGCUCGUACCUAAACAGAGCCCGCUGCCUGCACAUGAUAAUGUUUGUGUAGUGGAUGACAUGGUUCUGGAGCUAUCUGAGGUGGAAGAAACGGCGUCGGAAGGCAGCUGUUUUGCAUCUGAGGACACCACGGAAGAUUCGGGUGUUGUGAGCUCCCCUUCUGACAUUGUGUCUUUGGAUUCACAAAAUGACAAAAUGAGAGACAUCAAGCUGGUCAAUGGCUACCUGGACUCAGCUGAGGCAGAGGUGGUGUAUGGCACAGAGACAAGCCUCGUAAAGAACACCUACUCCAGUAGCAUGGGAUCUGACAGUGCUUCACAGAGCAGGAGAGAUGAAGAAAUGGCUUCAGCUAAGCACGAGAAUGAGGAUGUAUUCAUUGCUGCACAACUCCAGCAGACUUUGGCUGGGCUGGAUGAAGAUUUAGAAGCAGUGGAUGGUAUAAAUAACUCUGAUACUAAGUACAUCAAUGAAACAUUGAGGCCACAUGCAAGAAAAGCUGAGGCUGCCCAAGAUGUUACCAUUUCUGUUCCAGUAACAGUCAUAGAUGAUGUUCCAGAAGUUAGCACCUCUGACUUGGCCGGAAGUCAAGACACAGAGACAAGAGUUUCACAGAAUAUCUCAGAUGACUCUGCUAAUACAAGAAACUUCACAAAUAAAAACAACAAUGCAGGUUCCUUUGAUAAGGAACACACAGAUGGUGGAGCUGUAUGCAUAUCCAAGGACCUAAUAUACCAGCAACCAUCUGAAAAUGAGUUCAGUCACUUACCUGUGGAACAGAGGAGAGAUAUGUUUGAAUCUCUCACAUCCUCCUUUGAGAAAAGAAAUGAAAAGAACUUAAGGCUUGAAACCCCCCAAAAACCUAAGAUGACUCCGUCUCGCUCCAAAGUCACAGCUGAAGUCAGUACAGCAAAAGAGAGGAUAAAUUCAUUUAAUGAAUACAGUAACAGGGAAAGAUCCCUGAAAAAAAGUAAAUCAGAAUUAGAAAUCAAAUGGCCACCAACAAAAAAAAUUGAAGUGGAAGAAGUCCCUUCAACACCCAUAUGGUGUCAUCGUGCCCAGAAUUCAGGAACAAACUAUGAACCUAAAAUGGGUUUGACAACCUUUAAAGUUGUCCCUCCCAAACCUGAAAUAAAACAUUUCAAUAGAGGAGUUUCACUCUCCACUGGUGCCAUUAAGAUAGAUGAACUGGGCAACCUUAUAGGCCCAAGCACUGGUUUCAGUAAGCACAUACCAGGUACCUCUGCAGAUGAAAGUGAGGAAAUCCAUCUUGGGAAAGUGAAGGCAUUCUGGAGGUCAAGUUCUAUGGAAAGGCAAAGUGAUGACUCUGCUGAGCAUCUUCCUAAAAAGUCAGCAGUCACCACAAACUCUAAGCCCUUUGCUAUAAAACAUGAGCACAAACCUGUCUGUCUUGCAGCUUCAAAACCUGUAACACCACAAGCUGUUAGUACCCAGCCUGAGAAUGAAAGGACCAAACCACCUCUUCCAUUUACACAGUCUCAGGUAACACCAUCAGUGGCCCCAGUCAUUAAUAAGGACAAGCUGGAGCUUCCAUUUCUAAAGCCACAUAGGAGAACUUCAAGUCAGUAUGUAGCUUCUGCCAUUGCAAGACAUAUCAAUGCUACUACCUUUAAGUCUGAAUCUAUGGAAUACCAUGAGAAAGAGGAAAAAAAGCAAGGGGCAGGAGAGGUUAAACCUGAAGGAGAAGUUUCACCAAAAAGAUGCAUUAUCGUGGCCAAAUACAGCCCUGUGGAAACAGAAUCAUCAGAAACAAAAGAAACACUUUCAAGUAUUUUUUCUUGCAGUCAAAAAGCAUCCCAGAGGUUUACCCCUGGUGAAAAUUCUGGCAUGGAAAGCAAAGCAGUUAACAUCAGAGCACCAAAUCAAGCAACUCCUGUGAGCUUCUAUAAAAAGAAUGCCAGUGUCCCACUUACUAAAUCUUCUUCAAAGGAUAACAACAGUGCAGAAGAUGAUCAAGGUUUAAACAGCAAGCAAAGUAUAGCAGAGAAAAAGAUGCUGUUUGACCAGAAAUGUGAGACUUUGACCCAUACUAAUUCAGCAUCAUCUCUCAGGUCUCCUGACCUCCAAGGAGUCCCAUCCUCUUUUGGCUCAUCUUUGCGAGUCGCUAAAUGGCCUCCUGCUAAUGGUGUACAAGUUAGUCCACUUAAGGCUUCACCAGAGCUAAAUGGUGCAGCAGCAAAUGCAGAGUCAGAACAGGAGGAGAAACCUGAUGAUUCAGAUAUUAAUGCUAUCAGCGAACUGGAUAUUAACGUGCAGACCAAUAUCUUUGGACCAAAGAAGAAGUUCAAACCUGUUGUCCAAAAACCAAUUCCAAAAGACACAUCACUGCACAGUGCCCUAAUGGAAGCCAUUCAAACAGCAGGGGGAAAGGAGAAACUCAGAAAGGUUUCAGACAGUGCACUAAAUGGCAGCCACAAGAAGCCCUCAUAUGCUGAGCCAGAGAAUGAGCGCUCAGCCCUACUAGCAGCCAUCAGAGGCCACAGUGGCAUCUCAAAGCUGAAAAAGGUCUCCUCACUGGCCUCUGACGAGUUGCAGAGUUUUAGGAAUGCAGAACUGUCCUUGCAGAAGGCUGAAGACCCUCAGGAAGUGCAGCUUUGUAUCCCACCUGCCCCUGCCCAGCCACCACCACCACCACCACCUUCUACUCAGCUUUCAGCAGCAGCUCCCAGAUCCUUUGCCACAGCCACAGGUAACCCUGCUGAUGCAAGGCAAGCCCUAAUGGAGGCCAUUCGCUCUGGUGCUGGAGCAGCAAAGUUAAAAAAGGUCCCUCUGCUUGUUUGAAUCAUGUAUAAAGAGCAGGUAAUUGGAAGAUCUAACCCCAUAUGCACACAUAAUCAUCAUUCAAGGUCUGAAGUGGCAAAAAAAAAAACCAUCAAGAAGUUUAGUUUGUUCUUUGUCUACAAGCCAAAAUAAGUUGUAGUUAAUUUUCUCUGUGUUCCUGCAUAAUGGUUCUAAGGGGAAAAAAUGUUGCUCUGCUGUAAAGCUUCUGUGCCAAGGAAUUGUGUUUUACCUCUGAAUGCCUAAGGUUGCCAAUAAACUGUUCUUGUUGGCAGGUUAAUAAGAAUAUAAACACUGUGCAGUCCUGUGUUAAUACUUAAUUGUGCUUAUGGGCAAAAUUAAAGACUUUGCUAGUUAUCUGAAAAGUAAUACUCAUUUCAAUUCGUUAAAAAUAUGUGACUGUUUCUAACUAUUCACUUGCUUCUUAUUUGAUUUGGAAAAGGGCUGUAAGCAAUGAGGAUGGAAACCAGAAUUAAGAUCUAUAAAAAACAAUCACAAGAAAUAAGUUCGGGUACGUUCUGAAGAAGGACUUAAAUAGUCAUAUGCUGGAGUCACUGGUUUUUAAAAUUAGAUGAACUUUAUAUCUCUGGAGGAGCUCUGAGGAAGCAGGCAAUCAAUAAUGAAUGUGAGACAGUGUCUGUUGAAAAGUUACUUAUGGGAUAUGACGUAUAGAAUGCUAAUAGGCAGAGGUAUACUGAGCCCUAGUAAUAUUCAUGGCACUUUAAAAAUACUGAGACACCUUACAGGAUCUCUAUUUGCAACAGUCUGUGAGGGUUAUAAAUAGGAUUUGGAGUGCUGCAUAGAGGUCCAAGAUUUAGAAUUCAUUCCUGCACUGCAAAAUGAAGUGAAGGUGGUUUGUAUUGAUAAAUAGGACUUUGGUCCUCUCUUGUUUGGGUCAUGCAUAAGCUGGCCCUGUGUUUCCAGUUUGUAUGGCUGUUGUUUGUUGUCUCACCGGUAUUUAUAGCAUCAUCUUUUUCAAAUAUUAACUACUUUGGUAGUUAUUGUUGUACAUAUUUUGAAAAUAUUUCCUUAAAUUGAUUAACUUAAAAGGGACAAAUUAAAAUGCUUUUUUCACAUUCCUAUAUCGUAAUGGAAAUGAAGAAGAGGAGGUUUGUACAUUGACAUUUUUAUAAUCACAGACCAGAGUGGUGGCAGAUUUUUUUUUCUGGAGCUGAAAUUUAAAAUGUAUAGCUAUGUGAUGUUGAAAGCACAAGAAUAUUUAGCCAUCUGCAUUUAAUGUGACUAUAUAUUAUAUAAUGUAAAAUAUUGAUGUCUGUUAGUGCCACAAAUAAAAACAAAAUAAAAAAUUGA